AUCGACAACAACGGUUGGUGUUUACAUAUUCUUAUAGGUUUUGAGUUAUGAUGGUCUGCACACUCCUGAUUGUUUGGCAAUUACAGCAGCUGGAAUAGCAGUUGCGCUUUCAGAAGUUCCUAAUUCAAAAGCAGUUGCUGGAGUUCGAAUUGGUCUUGUUAACGACAAGUUUAUUGUUAAUCCAACUACUAAAGAGAUGGAAGACUCUGAGCUUGAUUUAGUACUUGCUGGCACUGAUAGUGCAAUAUUGAUGAUAGAGGGCUAUGGUAAUUUUCUACCUGAAGAGAUGUUGCUCCAAGCUGUAGAAAUUGGGCAGAAUGCUGUAAUAGCAAUUUGCAAGGAGGUGGAUGCAUUAGUAAGGGAGCGAGGGAAACCAAAAAUGCUCGAUGCCAUUAAGCUUCCUCCUCCUCAGCUCUAUGAACAUGUUGAAGAAAUUGCCGGUAAAGAGUUAGAAAAAGUCCUGCAAAUUAAAAGCAAAAUUCCCCGUAGAAAGGCUCUCUUAUCAUUAGAAGAAAAGGUUAUUUCCAUAUUGACAGAAGAAGGUUACGUCAGUUUAGAUACCACUUCAGAAGUUCUCGAACCUAUACCUGAUUUGGUGGAGGAUGAAGAUGAGGAUGAUGAAGUGGUGGUGGAUGGUGAAGUUGAUGAAGGUGAUGUCCAUAUUAAACCAACUACACGCCGGCCUAUCUUAACACUCUUUUCCGUGGUAGACGUAAAGUUAGUAUUUAAAGAAGUGACAUCCAAUUUUCUCAGGAGACGCAUUGUGGAGGUACAAUUGCUCUAUAUUCUAUGUUUUACAUUUUUAAUAGAAAUUAUACUGGAAAAUGUAAUUAUCCAUUAAAAGUUCUUUGUAUAU